AUGCAUCCCCAGUCGCACGUAGAUCGACAUGGGCUCGAAAGUCUUUUCACCAGUCUGCCUGUCAAGAACAUGGUUGCCAAGAUGCCACUCGUUCUCGAAGUCCUCGAGGCUAUCGUAUGGGAAGACCGCGCGGAACCACGAAUGCGCCUUUUCAUGCUUUGCAGACCAAGGCCAGCAUUUCUGUCAACUUCAGCGAAGAGAAGCGAACAGGGUCAGCAGACUACGAGCGCUCCGCGUCCGCAACAGCAUGGAGGAGAGCAACAGAAGAAGACAGGAUCUAUACGACCGUUCACAGUCCUCGCGCUCUUCGUGCCGUUGGGCUACGCCUUGAGCUGGGCCACAAAUGGAGGGAAUGGAAGCACAGCGUCGUCGAGCGCAGAUGGAUUUGUGCGAUACACUCUAGCGAGGAAGGAGGACGUGUCCUCAACAUCAGCCAUCUUUACCCUGGAGCCGGCGACAUCUUCGGACUCGUUGGCGAGGAGGUCUGCCGCAGAGCGCGCAAUCACCAGUGUUCAGAUCAAGCAGCCGCAAUUACAAAUAGCCAGAAACUACACGUUGCUUCCAUCCGACACUGGAACGGAUUCUGCAAACUUGGACCUCUUGAUACGGAAGGAACGCAAUGGCGAGGUAUCGGGCUACCUGCACAGGUUGCCUCUGGGUUCCGAUAUCGAAGUACGAGGACCAGUGGUUGACUUUGCGUUUCCUGAGGGUGUGGAUGAGGUUGUAUUCCUCGCAGGAGGCACGGGAAUCGUGCCUGCCAUGCAAGUGGCAAAAGCACUCGCGGGACAAGCCCGCAUGCAUGUGUUGUGGGCGAGCCGCUGUCGGCAGGAUUGUGUUGGCGGCAUCAGUGACACACCUCCACCUCAAAGCUGGACGUCUUGGCUGAAGGCUGGCAUCUUUGGGUUUGACGCCGGUCAAGUAAAGGAAAUCGAACACGACAGGGAGAGGAGCCGUGUAGUGUUGACGCUUGAGCAGCUGAAGCUCCUUCCUCCAAGCGGAAGGACAGCGCAUGAAUCACCUCAACUCCUCGUCGAUUACUACGUCGAUGACGAGGACACGUUCAUACAGCCAGGGGACAUCCAGCGGUCGCUCCAGUCAGCUUAUUCCACCACUCAGCAGCCGGGUGGAAGAAAGCUGCUGCUCAUCUCGGGACCCGAGGGCUUCAUCAACUACUGGGCUGGACCAAAGCAGUGGUUGAAUGGCCGAGAGGCCCAGGGCCCGCUCGGUGGUGUGCUGUCGACGAUGAGCCUUGCCGGCUGGGAAGUGGUGAAGCUCUGA